CCGGAGGCGAUAUCUGCUUUCACAUCCGAUCCAGCCCUGCUAUCAUUUGCUGACUACUUUUGCAAAGCAACUGCUGAUAUGGGCCAGAAACAAGAAAUCCUAGACCUGUUUUCUUCCAUACUAUAUGAAUGUGUGACACAAGAGAAUCCUGAAAUGCUUCCAGCCUACAUUGCAAUUGAUCAGGCUGUAAGGAGGUUAGAGAGAAGAGAAACUUCUGAAACUUUUGAACUAUGGCAGAUAAAGCUGGUUCUGGAUUUCUUCAGCUCCAAACUCUUGCAAGAAAGAAUGAGGAAGAAUCUGAAUCGUGAAUUGUUCAUGAAUUCAGAGUUUUUACCGGUCAUGAAAUGUGCCAUUGAUAACACUCUAGAUCAGUGGUUGCAAGCUGGUGGUGAUGUAGCACUGCAUUCCUAUUUAGCUGGCCAACCAGUUGAAGAAUCUCACCAAAGUAUGUUGGCCUCUUUUUUGGUUUAUCACUCCGUUCCUGCAACUAAGCACUUAUCAGAAGGACUUAAGGGAGAAGAUGUGUUGAGUAUCCUUUGCAAUGAAUUUCCAUUAUAUCAUUGCUACAGCAA